CACUUUUCUGACUUCCUGAAGUGAAGAGUGGCUCAACAUGUAGGGAUACAAACACAGGAUAGCCUCUUCGAGAUUUUCAAUCUUGGACACAGUAGGGCAGGGACUACUUGCCUAACUAAGAUUAAUUUGCAUGUGGCUGGUCUCAAGCAUGUCCCUGUGGCAGAACCUGUCACUUCUCCUGGCAAUAACUGUUAUUAUAUGCAAAGCUAAGGAAUGUGCCGACUUGACAGAUUUAGAAUUGGCUCAUGCGAUCAUCGGCACCAGCCUCAGGAUAAGGUUGCUGCUGUUCACCAGAGACACAAUACAAUGCGGCUCGCUUCUGUCUCACACCAACCUCUCGGCCGACCCUCACUUCAACCUGUCUCGACCUACUACCUUCAUCAUCCACGGGUAUCGGCCCACGGGCACUCCCCCCGUGUGGGCUCACCGGAUCACAGACCUGCUUCUGGCCAGAAAAGACAUCAAUGUCAUAUUGGUAGACUGGAACCACGGAGCUGCUAAUGUGAAUUAUUUCAAAGCCGUUGAGAACACGCACAAGGCCGCAGAAAACCUCACUGUGUUCCUUAAACGGAUGAAGGAGCACGGUGCCUCUCUGAGUGAUAUCCACAUGAUCGGAGUCAGCCUUGGUGCUCACAUAUCAGGUUUUGUGGGCGCUAAUCUGAAUGGCACUGUUGGAAGAAUUACAGCUCUGGAUCCUGCCGGGCCCGAGUUCACUGGCGCUACCCCGGAGAACCGCCUGGAUCCCACAGAUGCACAGUUUGUGGACGCUUUGCACACAGAUAUAGAUGCCCUGGGCUACAGAGAAGCACUUGGUCACAUUGAUUUUUACGCCAAUGGAGGAACAGAUCAGCCUGGCUGCCCUAAAACCAUCUUCUCAGGUACGUCUUACUUUAAAUGUGACCACCAGAGAUCUGUGCACCUCUACUGUGAGUCGCUGAAUCACACUUGCACCAGCAGGGCCUUCCCAUGCGCCUCCUACAAGGACUUCCGGGAUGGCAUGUGCACAAGUUGUGAGCAAUUUGGUGACGUCGGAUGCCCUGUGUUUGGUUAUAAUAUCGACAAGUGGAGACCCAUUUUGUUGAAGCUAGGCCAAUCCAAAACUUUCUUCUUUACAAAUGAAAAGGCUCCAUUCUGCAUGGCAAAUUACAGACUGGACGUGGUGGUCUGGAAUGAGGAUGAGCACUGGGGCAAAAUCACUGCUAAACUUCAUGGGAAUGGUACGGAGGCUGUGGCAAAGAUUGACCAAAACGCUGCGCAGUUCAAGAAGUUCACAGAGACAAAGUUGUUUGCCCAGUUUGAUACUGACCUGCAGUCAGUGAACAAGAUGUCCCUCAUGUUCUCCACUGGGAAUGUUUUCAAGCCCAAAUACAAACUGCGGGUUCUUCGGAUCCGUCUCACACAUCUGGAACGUCACGACAGGCCUCUGUGUCGCUAUGACCUGGUCCUCGAGGAAAGCAAGGAGGUCUCUUUCACCCCACUUCCCUGCCAAGAGUCCAACUUUUGAGGCGAAAUCACAGGACAAAACUUGUGCCAUUUACUCUGAGAUUUACCCGUGAGCCUCUCCAGGUCAUACACAAUGUGUUGCAUCGACUGUACUCUCUGUCUUUUCUGAGAGAUUUGAAUUUAUUAGCUGAUGGCACUGAAAAUUAAGUUCUCAAUCAGCCAAAAAACGCUUACAAUGAUAUCUCUUGUAUAACAGUAUUGUUUGUGUCCAUAAAGUAAAUGUAAAUACAGGUAAUGUCUCAUCUACAACUUCCUUCUGUUACAAUGCUGUACAACUGGAUGUAUGUAUUUUAACUGACCAGAUAAAAUUAUAUAUUAUUUAUUUUUGUAGAUGAGUUUGUGCUGGAUUA